AUGUCGCUCCACCGUAUCCUCCGCCGAUACUCCCUCGACCCGCACCACUGCCAGCGGCUCGCACGCCAGCUCGCAUCCGCCUCAGCCUUCCCGCACGCAUCCCCGCUUUCAGCUCUCGCCGCCAAUUCCGCCGAUUCCGCGUGUUCUUCUUCGCACAGACAAUGCUCGUCCGUUCACGGGUUUCCCCGAAACCCAUUGAGAUUCCAGCAAGCUUGCAGGUUCCAGACUGUAGCAAGCCUUUCCGCAUCCGCGUUAUUGUCAUCAAGUGGUGAUAUUGCCACCACUGCAGUCACUGCUGCCGAUCCUGCUACAGUGCCAACAGACACUGAUGAUGAAUCCGCUGCCGUAUCAGAGCAGGUAUCGGAGGACGAUCUGACGCCAGCCAAGGUGGUGGAGCUCUUGGAUCGCCACAUCGUGGGGCAGGCGCAGGCCAAGCGGGCCGUUGCCAUCGCCCUGCGCAACAGGUGGCGGCGGAAGCGCAUUAGUGGUUCCAUGAGGGACGAGGUGGUUCCCAAGAACAUCCUCAUGGUCGGCCCCACCGGCUGUGGGAAAACCGAAAUCGCCCGGCGCCUUGCCAAGCUCAUCCAUGCGCCCUUUGUCAAGGUGGAGGCGACCAAGUUCACAGAGGUGGGCUUUCACGGGCGCGACGUGGAUCAGAUCAUUCGGGACUUGCUGGAAAACGCCAUUCAGCUGCAGAGGCAGAAGGCUCGGGCCAAGGCGGCCAAGGAGGUGGAGGAGGUGGUGGAGAACAAGAUUCUGGACCAUCUGCUGGGCGCGCUACAGCCGGGCGCGACACCCCCUUCCAGGGAGACCUUUCGCCUGCUGUACAGGGAGGGAGUGUUGGACGACAGGCGCGUGCACAUGGAGCUGCCUGACGCCGCUCCCUCGGGCGGUCUGGGCGGAUUCGCCAUUGACAUGUCGGGCGCAGCGGGGCUCAACGUGCAUGACUUUGUUCAGCGGAUGGAGCGAGUGGUGAAGGGAGCGCGGAGGGAGAAGAAGGACCUUACAGUGGCGGAGGCAAGGGCAGCGCUGACUGACGCAGAGAUGGAGAAGCGGCUGUCGUCUGAGUCGCUCGUGAAGGACGCGAUCCAGGCAACGGAGUCUGAGGGCAUAGUGUUCAUUGACGAGAUUGACAAGAUCGUGCAUUCCAGUGACACACGGCACGGCGCUGAUGCGAGCGCUGAGGGCGUGCAGCGGGACCUGCUGCCCAUCAUUGAGGGGAGUGUGGUAUCCACCAAGCACGGCAACGUCAACACGGAUCACAUCCUCUUCAUCGCCAGCGGUGCUUUCACCGCCUGCCGCCCCUCUGACAUGCUGGCAGAGCUGCAGGGGCGCCUGCCCAUCCGCGUGGAGCUCAAAGGGCUCACCAGAGAGGAUCUGUACCGCAUUCUGACGGAGCCUGAAGCGAACAUGAUUCGGCAGCAGCAGCUGCUGAUGGCCACGGAGGGGGUUGACCUUGUAUUCACCGAGUCUGCCAUCAGGGAGGCUGCUGCCAUGGCUGCUGAGAUCAAUCACACGUUGGACAACAUUGGUGCAAGAAGGUUGCACACGGUGCUGGAGCGGGUGGUGGAGGACAUUAGCUUCCAUGCGCCCGAGAAGAAGGGCGAGACAUGCGUGGUGGAUCAAGAGGAUGUUCGCCGGCCGCUGGGUGACUUGUUGCAGAAGGUUGAUGUCUCCAAGUUCAUUCUGUAA